AUGAAUAACCAGCUUCGUAACGAGCUGCUGCAACUGUCAUCUUCACAGCUUCGUGAAUUGUUACAUGCCAGCGGUCACAGUGAGUUACUACGUGAUGUAAAAAACGAAAAGCAUGAGGUAGAUGAGCAGCUUGUGACGGAGGCAAAGAACGAGGGCAACGCAUUCUUCAACUGUGGUUGCCUACACGACGCUGUCUCCGCUUACUCUCGAUGUAUCGAUAUGGACCCGAACAAUGCCGUGUGCCUUUCAAACCGAGCUGCAGCUUAUUUGAAGCUAAAUGAGUUUGAGCUCGCAUUAGCCGAUUGCACUAAGGCGAUUGAAAUUGUUCCUACAAUAAAGCCAUUUAUGCGUAGAGCAAUGGCGCAUCUUGCGCUUACACAUUAUGAGGAGGCUGUUGCUGAUUUUGCCGCGGCAUUAAAGUUCGAGCCGCGCAACAAAGAGUGUUAUGCCCAGCUUCAAACCAUCGUGGAUUCUGCAACAAAUGCUCAGCAACAUGAUAGCAUGUUCAGCACGAAGCUGCGCAGAGCAGGCAUUCAUGCUAUGAUGAUUGUUUCUGUCCGUGACGGGUGGUCAGUUUGUGCUGUGAGAGGCAAUCCUGGACCUGCUGCUGUGAACGGCCACACGCUAUUUAGAGGCUACAAUGAACGUAUAUAUCUGUUCGGUGGAAGGGCUGUGCGGGAGCAAAAGCCAGACGUAUUUGUUUUGGACGAAAGCGAUAAUUCAAGCUGGGAUAUCGUGCCAACGAGAGGUGUAGGAGCCCCUCUAUCAUGUGCAUGGCAUUCAACUUCAGUGAUCGGAAAAAAGGAGAAAAACAAUAUUUGUGUUUAUGGCGGGGUGUCAUCACAAGGAGAGGAUGCUAGCGUUCAUUUGCUCGUGCCAACAACAUCGCGCGAUUUUGAAUGGGUACAAGCACACUGUGCGCAGAAUUUGAAAGAAAUUCCUGCAUCACGAUCAGGUCAUGCAGCAGUGUCAAUUAUAGACAGUAAUGACGACCAAGCGGUCUACAUAUUCGGCGGACGGACGAAAAGAGGGGUUAGUGAUCAAUUACUGAUCCUACACUUGUCUUCAAUCCAACAUGAAAAAGAUGUGAGCAACCCAAUACAUGCGACGAUUACCUGGGAAGAAGUUUGUCCUUGCGAUCAUAUUGACACUGUCGGAAGCAGAAGCUUUUGGCCUUCUGCUCGAGACGGCCAUUCGAUGUGUUAUUUUCCAAGCACGGGGAAUCAAGCACCGCGGCUCAUUGUUUUCGGCGGUAAUGGGCAGUUGAAUGAUGACAAAAAGAAUGACGUGUGGUUAUACGACCUUGAAACGCAGCUUUGGACCUUUUUCGACUGCUUUGGAGAUUGCCCAACUCCUCGUUCAUACCAUACGGCACAUGCUGUCGGCAACUUUUUAUUAGUUGUUUGUGGACGGACUGCCGAUUCCGAAGACGACGGCGUGUAUAUGCUUGAUAUAGAAGGAGCUGAAUGGCACAAAUUGCCGAUUCCAAGCAACAGCGACUUUAGUCCUCGCGCGUGGCAUUCCAGCAUUCUCACUGAAGCUGGCAAACUAUUUGUGCUGGGGGGUGGCACUUUUCACGGUCCAUUAAAAAGUGCCGCUAUUCUUGAUUUGGGUUAUUUUCAUGCACAGGCUCCUUUGCUUAGCCAUCAUUAA